CAUCUACUUUGUCAGGGGGCGCGUUAGUACACGCGGCUGCAUUGACAGAUGAUCAGCCGGUUUAUUUUGACAGCUGUCAAGUGUUAUAGAUAUUCGAAGAAACUCAAGUGUCAUAUAAUUAUUCGAAAAGUUAUGUCUAUCAAUAUAGAUAUCAAAUUAAAACGUGCGAGCAAAAUAUAUUACGAAGGGGAAGUGGUUGCUGGUCUGAUAUUAUUAAAGAGUAAUUCGGACGUGAAGCACGAUGGCAUAUUUCUCACAAUGGAAGGCUCGGUAAAUUUGCAGCUUAGCUCAAAAAAUGUCGGUAUAUUCGAAGCAUUUUAUAAUUCAGUUAAGCCAAUACAAUUAGUACAAUAUACAUUAGACGUUGCUCCAUCUGGGAAGUUUCCAAGUGGCAAAACAGAAAUACCAUUUGAAUUACCAUUAAAGCCAAGAGGAAAUAAAUCUCUUUACGAAACAUACCAUGGUGUUUUUGUAAAUAUACAGUACUUGAUACGUUGUGAUAUAAAAAGAAAUUUUCUUGCAAAAGAUGUGAGCAAGUCAUUGGAGUUUAUAGUGGAAGAUAAACCCAAUAGCAAAGUAGAUAAAGAACACAGCAAAAUUGUGUUCUUCAAAAUAAUGCCAGAGUCUCUGCAAAAUACUAGGGAUAGACCUAAUGUACCAAGAUUUUGUAUUUCGGGAAGAUUAAACUCUCUGUAUUGCAAGCUCUCUGAACCUUUGACAGGAGAAGUAGUGAUUGAACACUGUGAAGCUAUUAUAAAGUCCAUAGAAUUGCAAUUAGUGAGAGUAGAGACUUGUGGAUGUGCAGAAGGAUACUCUAGGGAUGCGACAGAGAUACAAAAUAUACAAAUCGGCGAAGGCAAUCCUUGCCCAAAUCUUGCUAUUCCAAUUUACAUGAUAUUUCCAAGGUUAUUUACAUGUCCUACUUUGAACACAAGCAAUUUUAAAGUUGGUAAGAAUAUUUUGUUGCAUCUAUUUUAUUUAAUUAAAAAAUGUAAACUACGUAAAUUUAUUUGCAAUACUUUUUCAGAAUUUGAGGUAAAUCUUAUCAUUUUAUUUGAAGAUGAUUAUUUAGUCACUGAAAACUUUCCUAUUAUACUUUCACGAUACUAAAAACUUAGAAAUGUUCAAUAAGAAAAAUAUAAAAUAUAUAUAUAUAUAUAUAUAUAUGUAUGUAUG